AUGUCUACCGAUUGCAGCUUCGAGCCUCUUUCGCUCCCCCCAUACUCGCCUUGUCUAGCUAAGAGAAACACCCCCACCAAGUCGAAGGGUCUUUUUCUUGACUAUGAGUACCAUUGGUAUGACCAAUUCAUUCAGUUGGGCACGUACGACGGUCCAAGUGGCUCGGGAUCGCCUUCCUACUUCGACUUGGGCCUGACGGGCCCUCACACCCCCGAACUCCCCAGCGCUGGGCCAGGCCCUGAACGCUUUCUCAGGACCUAUACCUUCGGGGCGCACACGGCCGCUGCGCUAGAUGAAGGUGCCAUGUCUUCGCCCCUGGACACCUCCACAGGACAUCUCCCUAGCCAUCACUCGCAAGUCUCGUGCAUUGCGCCCGCUGCGCUUGCGCUACCACCACUUCAGACGCCCGCUACGCGCGAAGUGACUCCCCGGGCAACCUUCGAUCCUCCCCGCGCCUCCUCGCUCACGUCCGACGCGUCGAGCGCGACUUCUUGUGCUUCUUCCCACAAACCGCGCAAUGCGCAAGUGUCGGUGGAAGAAUGGCGGGCAGAGCAGCCGACAUUCGGGUGGCGCCAGCAAUGUCCCUGGUGCAACACGCCGCGCCCGACUCUCCCAACAGAUUGGGACCGGCAUCUCGAGACCCACUGUCGGGCGGCGACGGGCGACUCCGUACGCAGGCGGUGCGUCGGCGUUACGUUCGCCCAGGCCUUCGACUAUGGCGUCGCGCCGGACGCCCCGGGCAUGGAUGUAGGCGGCGUGCGGAUGGUCGGAGGAUGCGGGAAGAUCUUUGCUCGCCGCGACGCGCUGUUGCGCCAUCUCCAGAAUAGCCACGUAUGCGUCGGUCAUGGCCACAAGAUGUCGAACAAGGCCUCGCCGUCCACGAAGCUCCGGAAGACCUCGAAGCCUCGGGUAUCCUCGAAGCGUUCGAAGCAGCGAGCUUGA